AUGGUUUCAUGGGUGCUAACAUUACUCUUGCUUCUAUCUACCUGCCUCGGAUACCCGCUCAAUGGCUCAUUCGAGCGCUCAAAGCAUGUCAUACAUGCUCUAAACGACAUUACUACGCUCUCACCUCGGCGCAAACAACAGUGCGAGCUGAAUGCCAACGGCGGCUACGACUGCGAUAAUAAACUUCCCUCGCUCAAGGAGAUUGUUGACCACAUGCGUGAUAUCGACCACGCCGGCUGGGCUGAUCCUGAGCAUCACCUUGCUUUCUACACUUUGUGGGCCGAUAAUAUGGCGGAACGCAUCGGCGAUAUUGCUAAGUGGUUCAAGAAUCAGAAGGAUGAACAUAGUCUACUCGACCUCAAGCACUGUGCGUAUAUGGUUUGUGCCAACGUCAACUGGCUUCUCAAGCAGGCUACGCACAUUGCCGACAUCGAUGGUGACGACGACGAUGAGAGGAGACCCACGAACUGGCCAGCCGACCCAAUAUCUACAUCCACAGCGUGCGUUUCCCAAGCCCUCUCAAUGGCGGCUGUCAACUUUGGAUGUUUUUUUUUGGUCAUGCCAAAAGGCGAAUCCUGGCAAGGUAACUCUAUAUGGGCACAGUUCGAGUAUUGGGCAAUCACAAGAAACCCCAGGGUGGACCGUACCUGGCGCGUAGACCCCCGAGACCCAAGCACGUUGGGGAUCAACGAAAAUGGUGCGACUACAACAAAGAGGAGAUACUCUGGAGAAAGGAAGGGCGGACACCGCGAUACGGAGGUAACCCGCUGCCAGCUCUGCAAUACUGUGGCGUCAAGUAUUAUGCAGACGACACUGCAGGUGAUGAAUAUGGAGACCACUUUUGGAGUCGAUGGGGCCCGUUUUUGCCUCUUGGAUAAUCUGGUCGAUACCAAGAUCAGCCCAACGGGCCAUCUUCGAUUUGCAGUGGUUGCCAUGCUCACCUGA